UGUGCGAGUGACCACCAUGGAUGCUGAGCUGGAAUUUGCCAUUCAGCCCAAUACAACAGGGAAGCAGCUCUUUGAUCAGGUUGUGAAAACAAUCGGCCUGCGAGAAGUUUGGUUCUUUGGACUCCAGUACCAGGACACCAAGGGCUUCUCCACAUGGUUGAAAUUAAAUAAAAAGGUUACCGCUCAGGACGUGCGCAAAGAGAGCCCGUUGCUUUUCAAAUUCCGGGCCAAAUUCUACCCAGAGGAUGUUGCAGAGGAGCUGAUACAAGACAUUACGCAGCGCCUGUUCUUCCUCCAAGUGAAGGAGGCCAUCUUGAACGAUGACAUCUACUGUCCCCCGGAGACGGCGGUUCUCCUGGCCUCUUAUGCAGUCCAGUCCAAAUACGGGGACUUCAGCAAGGAGGCUCAUAAGCCCGGCUAUCUGACGACUGACAAACUGCUCCCUCAAAGAGUUUUGGAACAGCAUAAACUUAACAAGGAUCAGUGGGAAGAAAGAAUCCAGGUGUGGCAUGAGGAACAUCGGGGGAUGCUCAGAGAAGAUGCCAUCUUAGAAUACCUGAAAAUUGCACAAGAUCUGGAGAUGUAUGGUGUGAACUACUUCAGUAUUAAGAACAAGAAAGGCUCAGAACUCUGGUUGGGAGUAGAUGCUCUUGGACUCAACAUUUAUGAACAGACCGACCGGUUAACACCCAAAAUUGGUUUCCCCUGGAGUGAGAUCAGAAACAUUUCCUUCAAUGAUAAGAAGUUUGUCAUCAAGCCCAUUGACAAGAAAGCCCCAGAUUUUGUCUUCUACGCCCCCCGUCUAAGGAUUAACAAGCGUGUUCUGGCUCUGUGCAUGGGAAACCAUGAGCUCUACAUGCGCAGGCGUAAGCCAGACACAAUCGAGGUGCAGCAGAUGAAGGCCCAGGCCCGAGAGGAGAAGCAUCAGAAGCAGAUGGAGAGGGCUUUGCUGGAGAACGAGAAGAAGAAAAGGGAGAUGGCCGAGAAGGAAAAGGAAAAGAUUGAACGUGAGAAAGAAGAGCUGAUGGAGAAGCUCCGACAAAUUGAGGAGCAAACUAAGAAAGCUCAGCAAGAGCUGGAGGAGCAAACGCACAGGGCGCUGGAGCUGGAGCAGGAAAGGAAGCGAGCUCAAGAGGAGGCUGAGAAGCUGGCCAGGGAGCGGCAGGACGCCGAGGAAGCCAAGGAAGCUUUGUUGAAAGCCUCCAAUGAUCAGAGGGAGACCCAGGAGCAGCUGACCACCGAGAUGUUGGAGCUCACCACCCGGAUCUCACAGCUGGAAAUUGCGCAACAGAAGAAAGAGAGCGAGGCGAUGCUGUGGCAGCAGAAAGCCCAGUUGGUUCAAGAGGACUUGGAGAGGACCAAAGAGGAGCUGAAGUCAGUCACCAGCACUCCGCACGUGCCGGAGCCCAUGCAGUCAGAGAAUGAGCACGAUGAUGAGCAGGAUGAGAAUGCCGCGGAGGCCAGUGCGGAGCUGCGGGCGCACGCCUCGAUCAAGGACCGCAGUGAGGAACAGCGCACCACUGAGGCAGAGAAGAACGUGCGGGUUCAGAAGCACUUGAAGGCUCUCACCUCUGAGUUGGCCAAUGCGCGGGAUGAAACCAAGAAGACAGCGAAUGACAUGAUUCAUGCCGAGAACAUGCGGCAGGGCCGUGACAAGUACAAGACACUCCGCCAGAUCCGUCAGGGCAACACCAAGCAGCGGAUUGAUGAAUUUGAGUCCAUGUAGUCAUUCCAGCCUCUGCUGUACCUUCCCCCCCUCCC